AUGUUUAGAUGUAUAGCUUCUAAUGUGCGGUUGACACCCUUAUACAAAAAGCAACCUCACCUACUAUUACGCACUAAAGUCAAUGGCUUGCAACCCUCCUUGUUACGACGCUCCUUUACAUCGAGCCCAUUAUGUCGACGACAAGCACAGAACGAACUGAAAGAGCAAACAACUACCACAGCUGCUACUGCUGCUGCUACCAAGAAAAAGACAGAUAUAAAUGAAAUCAAGAAACUGUUUCGUCUUGCUAAACCGGAAGCCAAAAGCAUUGCAGGUGCCACUGGUUUACUAGUGAUAUCAUCUGCCAUCACCAUGUCUGUUCCGUUUUCAAUGGGCAAAAUCAUUGAUAUUGUCACGCAUCCAGACAUGGAUAGCUAUCUUGGAUUGACGAUGCCUGAGUUUGCCGGUGCAUUGUCCAUGGUAUUUGUGCUGGGUGCGGCUGCUAAUGCUGGUCGUGUCUUGCUGUUUCGAAUUGCCGGUGAAAGGAUCAUUCAACGACUUCGCAACGAUCUCUACAAAUCCAUUUUGAAGCAAGACAUGGCAUUUUUCGACAAGAACAGAACGGGUGAAUUGAUAUCGAGAUUGUCCACAGACACAGCUAUUGUAGGCAAGAGUUUGACAGGCAAUGUCAGUGAUGGUUUACGAGCAUUGGCUACCGCUACAGUGGGUUCUUCCAUGAUGUUGGUGGUGAGUCCCAAGUUAACAGGCAUCAUGAUGCUGAUUGUACCUCCCGUGGCUCUAUUUGGUAUCGUGUAUGGUCGUUAUGUCAAGACAUUGUCCAGAAAGACACAGACUGCGUUGAGUGAGAUCACCAAGGUGGCAGAAGAACGCAUCAGCAGUAUUCGUACAGUGCAAGCAUUUGCCAAGGAGGAAGCGGAACAGAAGCGCUAUGGACUUCGUGUAUUGGAUGUGUUUGCAUUAGCUAAAAAGGAAGCGUUUGCCAGUGCAGCCUUCUUUGGUGGAGCCGGAUUGUCUGGUAAUCUGGCCGUGUUGGCUGUGCUAUGGUAUGGCGGAAAAAUGGUUAUGGAGAACGUAAUUACCAUUGGUGAAUUGACCUCCUUUAUGCUGUACACGGCUUAUGUGGGCACUGCUCUGGGCGGUAUGACAUCGUUCUACUCUGAAAUCAUGAAGGGUGUAGGUGCUUCUGACAGAAUUUUUGAAUUACUGGAUCGCAAGAGUGCUAUCAAACUGGACAGCGGUAAAGUUCUUGAGGAUAUCAAGGGCAAGAUUAAGUUUGAGGGCAUUGAUUUCAGCUACCCCACACGUCCUCAGUCUCACAUCUUCAAGGACUUUUCGCUGACAGUUCAACCUGGUACGGUCAUUGCUGUGGUAGGUCCCUCAGGAUCUGGCAAGUCUACCAUUGGGUCUCUAUUGCUCCGUUACUACGACCCCAAUGCAGGUAACAUCUACAUUGAUGAUACCAGUAUCCAAGAUAUUAAUUUGCGCUGGUGGCGUGAGCAAGUUGGCGUGGUAUCGCAAGAGCCUACUUUGUUUGCUGGUACGAUUGCAGAGAACAUUGCCUAUGGACGAGAGAAUGCAACAUUGGAAGAAAUCCAAGAUGCGGCCGUCAAGGCCAACUGUGCCUCCUUCAUCAACAGUUUUGCAGACAAGUACGAUACACUGGUAGGUGAGCGUGGCGUCAGCUUGAGUGGUGGACAAAAGCAGAGAAUUGCUAUUGCCAGAGCCUUGCUAAAGAACCCCAAGGUCCUUAUUUUGGAUGAAGCAACCAGCGCACUCGACUCUGAAUCUGAAGUGCUGGUGCAAGAAGCCCUAAAUCGUUUGAUGCAAGGCCGUACGGUAUUCACCAUUGCCCAUCGUUUGUCUACAAUUCGCUCUGCUGAUUUGGUUGCCUGUCUAAGUGAUGGCGGUGUCGCUGAAUUGGGCACAUACUAUGAAUUAUUGAGCCGAGAAGAUGGUGUCUUUCGUAAGCUGGUAGAGCUGCAAUCGCUGGCUGGGCCUGAGGGUCAACAAGACGAACAAGAUGGCCUUGAGGAAAGAAAAUAA